CAAAACGAGAAAGGAUUGAACCACUUGUUUGAAAUUCGACGACUUCGGAGGGAUGGACGGACUCUGCGACGCGGAUAUUGCUUUUCUUUUUACACAACGUUAUGAAUCGAACACAAGUCUAACAUACCGUGUCGCCUUAUUACAGUCCAGCAAAGCUGCAUCCCCCAGGCUAUCUUGAACGUCGAUGUUCUGUGCCAGGCCAAGUCUGGUCUCGGAAAGACCGCCGUCUUCGUUUUGACCACUCUUCACCAGCUGGAACCUGUUCCUGGAGAGUGCUCUAUCCUUGUCAUGUGCCACACUCGUGAACUUGCCUACCAAAUCAAGAACGAAUACGCUCGUUUCAGCAAGUACCUUCCCGAUGUGAAGACCGCCGUUUUCUACGGAGGUACUCCCAUUCAGAAGGACAUCGAACUCUUGUCGAACAAGGAGACCUACCCCAACAUUGUCGUCGCCACUCCCGGUCGUCUCAACGCUUUGGUCCGCGACAAGAAGAUCUCCCUCCGCAACGUCAAGGCCUUCGUUCUCGACGAGUGUGACAAGAUGCUUGACCAGAUCGACAUGCGCCGUGACGUCCAGGAGAUCUUCCGCGCCACCCCUGCCGACAAGCAGGUCAUGAUGUUCAGCGCCACUCUCUCUCAAGAAAUGCGCCCGAUCUGCCGGAAGUUCAUGAAGAACCCUCUCGAGCUCUUCGUGGACAACGACGAGAAGCUUACCCUUCACGGUUUGCAACAAUACUACAUCAAGCUCAGCGAGGCGGAGAAGAACCGGAAACUCAACGAGCUGCUGGAUAGCCUCGAGUUCAACCAGGUCAUCAUUUUCGUCAAGAGCACUGUCCGCGCCAAUGAGCUGGAUAAGCUGCUGCGCGAGUGCAACUUCCCCAGUAUCGCCGUCCACUCUGGUGUCAGCCAGGAGGAGCGUAUCAAACGCUACAAGGAGUUCAAGGACUUCAACAAGCGUAUCUGCGUUGCCACUGACGUGUUCGGCCGUGGUAUCGAUAUUGAGCGUAUCAACCUUGCCAUCAACUACGAUCUUCCCGCCGAUGCCGACUCGUAUCUGCACCGUGUCGGUCGUGCGGGUCGUUUCGGUACCAAGGGUCUGUCGAUCUCCUUCAUCAGCAGCGAAGAUGAUGAGAACGUUCUUAAGGAGAUUGAGAAGCGAUUCGUUGUUGCUCUUGAUGAAUACCCCGAGGGUGGUGUCGACUCCUCUACUUACAUGGCUUAAAUGGUGAAAAGCAAACUUGAUUAGAUGCCAUGUCAUGUCGAGUCAAUUCUGUAUCUGUUGAAAAUUGCGUUUUUUGUCUUUUCUAUGGCUUACCAAUCUUCGAUUUUCUUUCUUCGAUUUCUUUUACAUGUUUCUUUGUUUCUUUUCUUUUGGCGUGAUGGUUCGGAUGUGAUUU